AUGGCUUUUGCCCCCGGUUCAUUUUCAUUUCUUUCCAAAUACUACCUUCAACCAUUAAUCCUUGUCAUCUUCUACAUAAACUUGCUUUGCUUCCAGCAUGUUAGAGCUGCAUCAAAUGAGACUGAUUAUUUGGCAUUGCUCAAGUUUAAAGAAUCAAUAACUGAUGAUCCUCAUGAAAUCUUGAGCUCUUGGAAUAGUUCGAAACACUUCUGCAGUUGGACUGGAAUCACAUGCGGCCACAAGCAUCAGCGAGUCACCAAGUUGAAUUUGGGAGGCUAUCAGCUUGGUGGGAUCAUAUCGCCCCACAUUGGCAAUCUCUCUUUCGUGAGAUAUCUCUCCCUUUCAAACAAUAGUUUCCAUGGAGAAAUUCCACCAGAGUUGGGACAUUUGUUCAGGCUAAAGAAAAUCUUGCUCCCAAGCAACACAUUGACAGGAGAGAUUCCCUGGAACUUGACAAGUUGUACUGAAUUGAGGAUCUUUAGUUUGAGAAGGAAUAGUCUUAGUGGUACAAUACCAUAUCAGUUAGGGGCUCUUCAGAAGCUUGAACAGUUGCAACUUUUUGGCAACAAUUUAACUGGAAAGAUCCCAUUAUCUAUAUGGAAUCUUACUUCGCUCACUUAUCUUGGAAUGGGGGAUAAUAAGUUGGAAGGAAGCAUACCGGAGGAGAUAGGCCAAUUGAAGAACUUGAUAUAUUUUGAAGCAUCAGAGAAUAUUUUGUCUGGGGCUCUUCCUUUUUCACUUUACAAUCUAUCAUCUCUUUCUAUGAUAUCAGUACCUGGAAACUAUCUCAAUGGCACUCGACUUCCAAACAGCAUGUUCUCCAUCCUCACUAAUUUGAAACUCUUUUUCAUAGGUGGGAAUCAAAUUUCAGGUUCAAUCCCAAAUUCCAUCACAAAUGCCUCUUCUCUUCAACAGGUUGAUAUUUCUGGUAACUAUUUUGUUGGAAAAGUUCCAAGUCUAGGAAACCUAAAAGAUUUGAUGAUACUUAAUUUAGAUUCUAAUAAUCUUGGUAAUGGUUCCAACAAGAACAUGGAUUUCAUAACGUCUCUAACAAACUAUAGUAAAUUAGAAAUAUUAGCUUUGUCUAGAAACCAAUUCAUAGGCACUUUACCCAGCAACAUAGGAAAUUUGUCAACCCAACUUAGUGAACUGUACUUGAUUGAUAAUCUGAUAUAUGGUCCUAUUCCUGAUAGUUUAGGAAAAUUGACAAAUUUAAUUCUCUUGAGUCUAGGAAAAAACAACUUUUCUGGCAUCAUUCCAGUUUCUUUCGGCAAUCUUCACAGGAUACAAGGGUUAGCAUUUGAGAAAAACCAACUCUCAGGAGAGAUACCAGCUUCCUUAGGGAACCUUAGCCAAUUGUCUGCGCUAAGAAUUUCAAUGAAUAUUCUUGACGGAAAAAUUCCUACCACAAUUGGGAACAUGAAAAAUUUGCAAGAGCUAGACGUUUCAGAAAACAAUUUCAAUGGAGCUAUACCCUUGCAGAUUUCUGGUCUCCCCUCCUUGUCCAUUUCACUAAACUUAUCUCACAACUCAUUUAAUGGAUCUUUGCCAAUUGAGGUAGGAAAUCUUAAAAACCUUGGCAAGUUGGAUAUCUCUAGAAAUAAUCUUUCCGGAGAGAUUCCUUUAACCAUAGGAGAGUGCACAAGUAUGGAAUACCUUAACUUGCAAGGAAAUUCCUUCAAUGGGCCCAUGCCUCCUUCUCUAGCUUUGAUGAAAGGUCUUGAGCAUUUGGAUUUAUCACAAAAUAACCUAUCUGGGCCUAUGCUAGCUGGCCUACAAAACAUUUCUUCUCUUCAAUACUUAAAUGUUUCCUUCAAUAAGUUUGAUGGUGAGGUGCCAACAGAAGGGGUUUUCAGCAAUGCAAGUGCAAUAUCAAUUUCUGGAAAUAUCAAUCUUUGUGGGGGAAUUUCUAAGUUGCACUUACCUCCAUGCCCUAAGAGAGUUGACACACAAACAAAACAUAAUCUGAAGCUCAUGAUUAUUUUGAUUUGUGUGGCCUCUUCUCUUUUUCUUAUAAUUUUGUUUGGUUUCUAUUGGAGGCGAGAAAGAAACAGGAAAUCAUCUUCAAGCUCACCUGCAAUUGAACAAUUUCCCAAGGUGUCAUAUCAAAAUCUACACAUGGCAACUAAAGGUUUCUCCACCAACAAUUUGAUUGGAUUUGGAAGUUUUGGCUCAGUAUAUAAAGGAAGGCUAGAAUUGAAAGAUAAAGUUGUUGCAAUAAAGGUACUGAACCUUCAAAAGAAGGGAGCUCAAAAGAGUUUCAUUUCAGAAUGUAAUGCAUUGAGAAACAUAAGGCAUCAAAAUUUGCUAAAAAUUUUAACAUGUUGCUCAAGCAUUGAUUAUAAGGGACAAGAAUUUAAGGCACUAGUGUUUGAGUACAUGUCAAACGGAAGCCUUGAGAAAUGGUUACAUCACAAUCAAGAAAGCGUACCUCAGUCAACAUUAGAUAUUUGUCAAAGAUUUAAUGUUAUAUAUGAUGUUGCAGCGGCACUACAUUAUCUUCAUUAUGAAAAUGAGCAACCAAUUGUCCAUUGUGACUUAAAGCCUAGCAAUGUCCUUCUUGAUGAUGAUAUGGUAGCUCAUGUAAGUGAUUUUGGGUUAGCAAAACUACUUGCAACCCUUAAUGGUAGUUCUCAAAAACAAGCAAGCACAUCUAUAAUAAAAGGAACGAUUGGCUAUGCUCCUCCAGAGUAUGGAAUAACUUCUGAGGUAUCAAUACAAGGUGACAUCUAUUCUUUUGGUAUUCUUAUUUUGGAAAUGUUAACCGGAAAAAGACCAACAGAUCUAAUAUUUGAAGAUGGCCACAAUCUUCAUAGUUACGUCAAAGCUGCAUUUCCAAACAAUCUUUUGAAGAUCGUAGACACAACUCUUGUAUGCCAGCAAGUACAACAAACAGCAAUAGUAGCUAAAGAAGAAAUUAGGAUGGAGGAGGUGGCUCUUGUGCAUCCCCACCAUGAGAAGAUUCUAAUUUUACUGUUUGAAAUUGGACUUGCUUGUUCAGUAGAAUCUUCUAAAAAAAGGAUGAACAUGAUGGGUGUACUAAGGGAGCUAAAUCAAAUUAAAAAUGCUCUUGCUCUUGGGGAAAGAAGUCAAAAUUGA